AUGUGGCACAAGGGUAAGUCCACGCAGGUAAAGGUCCACCUCAAAGCACCAGUGGCUGUGGAUAAGUCCACGCUGGAGAAGGUCCACCUCAAAGCCUCUGCGGCUGUGCAUGAGGUCAUGCUGGAGCACCUCAAAGCAUGUGGCCAUAGCCCCGCUCCAGUUCAGCGGUUCAUCAGCGAGGAUCGGUUGCCUCAUCUUCUUCUCUACGGGCCUCCCGGUACCGGUAAGACGUCGCCCAUCCUCGCCUGCGCCAAGCAGCUCUACCGGGAGCGGGAGUUUGGUUCCAUGGUGCUGGAGCUCAACGCCUCCGAUGACCGGGGUAUCGACAUCGUCCGGGGGCCCAUCCUGAGUUUCGCCAGCACCAGGACUAUCUUUAAGAAAGGCUUCAAGCUCGUCAUCCUGGAUGAAGCUGACGCCAUGACCCAGGAUGCCCAGAACGCCCUGAGGCGAGUGAUCGAGAAGUUCACAGAAAACACCCGCUUUUGCCUCAUCUGCAACUACCUCUCCAAGAUCAUCCCCGCCUUGCAGUCCCGCUGCACGCGUUUCCGCUUUGGCCCCCUCACCCCGGAGCUGAUGGUGCCCCGGCUGCAGCACGUCAUACAGGAGGAGGGGGUGGAUGUGACCGAGGAUGGGAUAAAGGCUCUGGUGACCCUCUCAAAUGGUGACAUGCGCAGAGCCCUCAAUAUCUUGCAGAGCACCACCAUGGCCUUCGGGAAGGUGACGGAGGAGAACGUCUACACCUGCACGGGACACCCCCUCAAGUCUGACAUCGCCAACAUCCUUGACUGGAUGCUGAACCAGGACUUUUCCACUGCCUAUCGCAAAAUCAUGGAGCUGAAGACGCUGAAGGGCCUGGCUCUGCAGGACAUCCUCACCGAGAUCCACCUCUUUGUGCACAGAGUUGAUUUCCCACCCUCAGUCCGCAUUCAGCUGCUGAUCAAAAUGGCAGACAUCGAGUACCGGCUGGCUGCUGGGACCAGUGAAAAGAUUCAGCUGAGCUCCCUCAUUGCGGCUUUCCAAGUCACCAGGGACCUGAUCGUGGCCGAAGCCUGAGUCCUGCUGGGUGGAUCCUUGCUUGCAAAGCCGGAUCUCGCAGGAGCUGGAAGGGAUUGCCGGCCCCGCGCCCAGAGCUGCGCCCUGUGGCUUUCCCUUUCCUUG